UUGACAACUGACAACCGACGAACGUCAAAUCAAACAAAAAGUUUGUCAGAUUCAGUCCAGAUUGUAAAGAAAAUGUAUGAAUGCGUUUGUGCAAGGUAUAAGUAAUAUAUUGCAUGAACUAUAAAUUUUAAAAUACCAUCAAAGUCAGCAAAUUUAUUGGUACCUUGUGAAAAGAAAUGAUUGAUUCAGACGACGAUCACGAUAACUUUGUACGCUACGGGACAGCUUUAGAUCCUAUAGAAGAAGAUUACACCGGAAGCAUGCCGUCAAACAAAACUCCGAGCUUUGGAAGUGCUGCCAAAAAGAGGUAUAUUAAACUUCGCAAAGCAAACAUCGCACCCGAAAGAGCCUUAACCUUAUGUCAAUUACCUUGGAAGGAUUUAUGUGCUCAAAUUCCUGGCCUCGAAGAUAUUGGAAAAAAAGAAAAUUUGAUGAUGCAAAUUCAACCUCCUGAACUCAAGAAGAAAAAAAAGAAAAAAUCUAAAGCUAAAAAAUCACAGAAUUAUCGACUUGUUCAGAACCAGACCCAGGGUCAAAGGUCUAAGGGUGUGGGCUGCAGUGAACGUGUAAGAGCAGAAGAACAGGGAGUACAAUGGAAGACAAGAGAUAUAUGUACAAAUUGGCAGACUGAAUCUUAUAAACCGAGAAGUCCUCCUAAUGAAUAUGAAUCAAAUUAUAGAUCUAACGAAUUAAAAAUAAAUGAAGGAAAUAUGCAAAGAGAUAGUUCCCAGCAAAACUAUUGGGACACUGCUAGUACCUCCCAAGCAAGAACUCAUUACCAGACUUCAAGAAAACGACAUUUUGAUGACGUGGAAACUAUUAGUAAUGGUUCCCAGCCCCCGCGUAAAAUGACGAGAGACGUCCGUAUAGACACAAAUUACAAUAGACCUCCGAGUGGUCAACAAUAUCCAAUGGAGAUAGAAUACAGUCCCGUCUAUUCGAAUGGCGGAAACUCACAGUCACAAGCAUACAAUAUGCCUGUCCAGAAUGAGUCAAGAGGAACUAAACGCCCGUAUGACGACAACGACGAAAGAUACCAAUAUCACCAACUUUAUGAUGCUGAGAAUCCUUCUUUAAACUUUGUACGGAAUCAUGAGGCUCGACCUCAAAUGGACCUUCGGGAGGAAAUGAACAAUAAAAGGCGUGCUUACAGUGAAAACUAUUAUGGUGACCAAAAUCGCUUACCAAAUCCUCCUCGGCAAAAUUAUUCUUGUCGUGGUAGCUCAAAUUCAGACUGCCGUUCAGUAUCGGGUUCACUAAAUGCAGCACAGGUGUUUACAGUCGAUUCCGAUUGCGAUGAUUUUGAUGCUAGAUGCUCCAGAGAGAUGUCUUUUGAACCGCACACCCCAGUCGGUAGUGAUAUUCAGAUCGACGAUAGUGAAAAUUUCAACAAUAGAGUUGUCAAGGCACACAAAUUUCCGAUAAAAUCGGAUAAACAAGACGAUUCGCAAUCGAUUCGUGUUGGCAUUCAAAAUGUCACCCCGAUGAACAAAAAACAAAUGAGCAUGGUACAUCAAGCUAUUAAUAAAGAAAUUGUGAAGAUUGGCCAGCAAGGUAAAGGACCUAAGUUCUUAGGAAGUGCAUACAAAUUAGGUUGGAUCCUUAUGAUAUGCGAAGAUCAACAUACUCGAAAAUGGCUUGAGGGUAUUGUGACAAAACUGAAGCCGUGGCCUCAAGCAAGCCUCUCUCUUAUGUCUAACACUGCAUUCCCGAAGUCUAUAGUCUUGUCAUUAUUAAUACCGAGCAAGGAGGGGGUUUCUAUUCCGACGGCGCUGGAACUGCUUCGUGUCCAAAACCCUGGCCUCCAUACAGAACAUUGGAAAGUAUUUAAAAUAUUAAAAGUAAAUGAAGGUGACAUUGUACAUCUUUCAAUUGACAAUGCAUCGUACGAAGCUCUAAAACUUGUCGAUUUUAAAGUCAAUUUAGGAAUAGACAAACUUACUUUUUGGCCCAAAGGUAGAAAACCUUAUUUCAAAUUCAAUAAAAAGUCGAGGAACAAUAUAUCACCCAUACAAUUUGUGAAGGAGGAUGAUGAAACACCUGCAUCAUCAGUUUAUGAGUAUGAAGAACCAAAAACACCUGAACAUCCUCCGCCAGAAGAUGUUUCAGUGAAACUGUCAAAAAAGGCUCGCAAACGGUUGAACAAACGUAUGAGGAUGAACUCGGCAUCCACGUAUCCCACGAUACACGAAAACGUUCCGGGCCAAAAAUCCGAGUAUCCUAAUCUUAAUGCGUCCUAUGCUUCAUCAGAAUGGGUACCGUAUUAAUAAGCCACGUACAAUAUUUGACUAAUCCUUUUAGACGCGGAGCUAUACAGGACGGAACGCUCCCGAAACGCUAGAAAAAUAAAUUGCUUUUACAACUUUAACUCGUUGAGUACCGUCAUUAUAG